UCAGCAAAAGCCAUCAAUUUUCCAUUUUGCUGACUUUAGGAUCAAACAAGAAAGGGAAUAGGCAUUUUCCUUGCACUUUUACUUUUAAAGAAAAUUCCCACUGUUUUGCUUUCCCCAAUUAAAUGGCCACAGAGAACAAAAAAGAAGAAAAAAACGACCUGUAAUCAAAUGGUGAAGGGUACAUCUAACGACCAGUUGGACGACUGAGAUUGAAUGUUUGUGGACUAUAUUUAUCAGUGGCGAAUAUUGGGAAAAGAAUUACGGAAGCGAAAAAUGGAAAACAAACCAGAGCCAGCAACUUCGCCUUCGACACGAAGAACCCAUUCAAAAUUUCCUCUUCUUCGCUUCAUUUUUUUAUGGGUCGUUUUGAGAUUCCGACAUACACUUUCCUGCUUUUCCCAAUCGAGAAAAAAGACAGUGACUUUUGCGUCAGUUUCACCACCAUUGAGUCACAGAGAAAAGCGCGUCUUUGUUAGACCCCUUUAGUAUUUAAACAGCAGCCUCGCCUCUUGGGACUCGGAGUAUGACUUGUGAGAUCUUUCUUGGCCUCACUUUCUUGUCUACACUCUGAGACUGUUGUGUUCUGGUAUUGUCAUUCUCGUACUUGAGCUGGUUUCAAGCUUGAGUUUAGAAUCCUGAAAAAACACAGAGAAAGAGAGGAAGGUAGAAAGUUAGAAACUUUGGGGGGUUGCAUUGAAUUUCCUCUUUGGUGUAAUUAGUUUCCUUUUUGUUCUUGAGAUCCACGAAAUGGGUAUCAAUCCUCAGGAAGCGAUCAAGAAGCUCACUGCUCUGAUGGAUCAAGUUGAUCUGCCAUUGAAGAAAUCCUUUAAGAAUGUUCAUCAAGGAUUCUUAAUUGAAACACUGGAGCGUUUCCUCAAGGCACGAGAGUACGAUGUUGGGAAAGCCCAUAAAAUGCUGGUGGACUGUUUAAAAUGGAGGGUGGAAAAUCAGAUUGACAAGAUACUAGUGAAGCCUAUAGCUCCUGUCGAUGUCUACAGGCAAGUUCGGGAUUCACAGCUCGUAGGGCUCUCGGGCUACUCCAAAGAGGGACUCCCCAUUUUUGCCAUUGGUGUUGGACUCAGCACAUUAGACAAAGCAAAUGUGAACCACUAUGUGCAGUCACACAUACAAAUCAACGAGUAUCGGGAUCGCGUUAUUCUGCCUACUGCAUCGAAAAAGCAUGGGCGGGCUAUCACCACAUGUGUGAAGGUUUUAGAUAUGACUGGUUUGAAGCUGUCGGCACUCAGCCACAUAAAGUUAUUGACAAUUUUAUCAACCAUUGACGAUUUGAACUACCCAGAGAGGACAACUGCUUACUACAUUGUGAACGUACCUUAUGUCUUUUCAUCCUGUUGGAGGGUUGUCAAACCUCUCUUACAUGAAAGGACAAGGAGAAAAGUUCAUGUCUUACCAGGCUGUGGAAGAGAUGAGCUGCUGAAGAUAAUGGAUCAUUCAUCUCUCCCACAUUUCUGCAAAAUGGAGAGCUCUGUGUCCUCCCGAUCAUCGGCUCAUCAUGGAAGCAAAAAUUGCUAUUCCUUGGAACACCCUUUUCACCAAGGGCUAUACAACUACAUCAAGCAGCAAACCUCGAUGACUGAACCUGUUGAGCCAAUGAGAAAGGGAUCUUUUCAUGUUAAUCUCCAGGUGCCUUCAUCAAAAAGCAAAGGGACUGUUAAAACUAUUGAAUCUGAGUUACGCAAGUAUGGGAACCGGCUUUCUGAAACACUAACUGAACUCGAAAUAAUGUAGUGAUUGAAGCAAAGGCAACUUUUGAGAUUGACUUCUUUCAUCAAUGGUACCUAUUCCUUCAUUGAGGAGAUCGUGGAAAGGAAAAAUCUGGUUAUACUGAUCCCUAACAAUAUAACUCUAAGGACCGACCCCAGUUUCAUGAUGGCGGCAUCCAAUGUCUUGUUGAUAUUAACCACUAGAGCAAUUGAGAUUUGAGAGGCAUAUAUAUGAUGUAUCUUUAAAUGUUCCUGGUCGUAAUAUAAAGUUAGCCUCUUAAUAUAUAGCCUUUUCAUGGCUAAAUUUA